AUGUGUUCGAAAAUAAGUUAUAAAGUGUUUUUAUUGGGUAACGAAUGCAGUCAAAUUACUGGUGGAAAAUUAACGUCCAUUAAGCAGGCUUUAUUAGUUGUUUUCUACAAUUUACAAGUUGUUAAAAUGAACAUACGUGAAAGUGCUCGUCUCACUGUACGUGAAAUAGAAAUAUUUUGGGAAAAAGCAAGAAUUCCUGUACAAGAAAUUCAGCAUUGUAUAUCUAAGCUUGAAAAAUUAUAA